CAUGUGUACAAAUCUUGUCCUCACUCAUGGAUCAUAUGAACCGAAACAUUCACUCACACUCAAAAAACCCAAUCUUUACAUUCUUUUAUACUAUCAUCAUCAUCUACACCUCGAAAAUUCCAAAAAAAAAAAAAACCAACAAAAAAUGGCAGAGGAGUUUCAUCUUCCUUUAAUCGAAAACGAUCCGAUUCCUACCGAAGAAGAUUUCGAAGCAAACACUACUUUCAUAGACGACGAAUACCUCCGUUACCUUCACUACUUGGAUUCACGGAGCAGCCAUGGGAUCAACACGUUUGGUUCUUACGAUGAGAUCUUUGGUCUAGUUCUCGGCAAUUCAUCAUCUACCACACGGGGAUUGAAUGCGGCAGAGGAACUUCCGGUGGUGGAGUUUACAGCGGAAGAAAUGAUGGAGAGAGGUUUAGUGGUUUGCGCCAUAUGUAGAGAGGAGUUUGCUGCUAAUGUGAGACUCUCUGAGCUUCCUUGUCAGCAUUAUUACCAUAAAGACUGUAUCACAAAUUGGUUGAGUAAUCGGAACACUUGUCCGCUUUGUCGUCAUAAUGUGGAAUUACCUAAAGACGGUUGAGAUUGUUUGUACUAAUUCAGACCGCACCGUACCAUCUCCAUUCGGGUGCCUGAGAGUUUUAUUUUUUGGUAAAAUAUAAUUAUUGUUUUUCUUUCCCGAAAAAUCUUUGAAAGGGAUGCAACACAAAUCUCCGGGGAGGUCACGUAUCCAAGUAUAAAUGUUGCGUCACUGCGGAGUUCUGAUGGGAUCCUAGUGCAUUAGUGGCGGUAUGAUUGCAUCCCUUAAAUAUCAUUGCUAUAAACUAAUUAAGUUGUGUUUUGUCGAAGAUGACCGUAGGUUGCUUGACAAGUAUAGUCUAGUUUUUGUGAAUUAGUUCGGAACUUAUAUGUUAUGAUUUCUACUCUUUUCAAGAUGAAUUGGAAAAAUAAUUUACUGAA